GAAUGAAUCGUCACAGAGGCAUAAAAAUCCAGAGCAAUCCGCAGGCGGGCAGUGAUCCUUCAUUCGCUCUCAUCGACGCGCCAGAAUCAUCUGUACCUCGUCUCUACGACACACCCGUUGUUCGAGCCAUGGUCGACGUCAGCGUUGCUUCGCUUCCGUGCUUCAGCUUGGACGAGAAGAUACUGCAAAUUCUCUGGGACGAAGGCGUCCAGAUGGAAGAGCUUCUGGAUUUUUCUUUCGAACGCGUGGGAAAACUGGCAGAUGAAAGAGGCGUCCAGCUGGACGACGCCCACAAAGAGGAACUGUGGCUCUACGUGCAACGCAUGAAGGCAGAGCAGCCCGACUGGGUGUCAUUGUCCCACUAUCAAGACCGCUCUUCGCAGCAGCAGUUCGACUCCUGUCUGGACAAUUUCACCGAGGUUUCACGGUUCCACACGGCGCAGCUUUCGUGGGACCCGUGCCAGUCUUUGGAAGAACCGCGCCAGGCCUCCUUCAGCCGCGACUCGUUGGAGAUCACAGCGUUACCGUGUGAAGAGAAAGGCGACGUGGACGAAAGGGACGUCAAGGCGAAGUCCUCCAAGCGGAUGUGCAAGACGCCCAAGACAUUUAGGCUUUCAAAGUGCGACCUGAGCCCCAUUUCUCCCAAGCCGAGGGCGACGGUUCGUCGAUCGCGCAGCAAGGUGGCCGCCCUCCUCAGACGCUUAGUGCACGAAAGGACCACGAACGAAUCGGUAGAGGAUCGCUUCUUCACGCGAGGCAUUUGGCCCUCGUGGCUCAACUUCAGUGCUACACCAAAGCAAUCUAGUCCUACGCCAGAAAGACGAAGUGGUACAGCGUUCUCCGGACGUCAGAAAACGCCACUUCUCCUGCGUUGGCUCGGACGCAAGCGUUCGCACGGAUACCGGGUGUCGGCUGCGCGCCAGAGACGUUGAGAGUUUCGAUAGUCGACCCUGUGUCCGUACUAUCCAGAGUCUUUAUUCAUGACAAUAUGCAUAUGGUUCAUUUUGGCAGCGCACGAACUGGCUCGCCAUCGCAUCCAUUCCAUGUUUCGUCUUCAUAUACAUGAUUCUCUUUCGCCCCCUUUCGACGUAUUCAUUUUGUUUCACUGCAUGCAUCUCAACUAUUCUCUGCUAUUCACACGAAAGAAAACAUUGUUCUGUUCUUUUCGUUCUCAAUAAACGAUCACUCAUUCGGAUUGAA